GCGAGGGGGAGCGGCCGGCGGAGAGCGCGACUCGUCCCGGGGGUGGGGCCGGGCGCAGUGGCGAGAGGAGACGAAGGUGGCCGCGGCAGCAGCAGCAGCAGCGCGGCAGCCUCUACCCGGCUCGGAGCGCAGGGCGGCCGCCGCAGCUCCGCUCCCCUCCCGGUGCGCCCGCCCAUGGCGGCCGCGCGGCAGCUGUGGCUGCUCUACCUGUCGGCGGGGCUCCUGUCCCGGCCCGGCACCGCCUUCAACUUGGACACCCGCGAGGAAAACGUGAUCCGGAAAAUGGGGGACCCCGAGAGCCUCUUCGGCUUCUCGCUGGCCAUGCACUGGCAGCUGCAGCCCGAGGACAAGCGACUGUUGCUGGUGGGGGCCCCGCGGGCAGUGGCCCUUCCACUGCAGAAGGCCAACAGAACAGGAGGCUUGUACAGCUGCGACAUCACCUCCCGGGGGCCUUGCACACGGAUUGAAUUUGAUAACGACGCUGACCCUUCCUCAGAAAGCAAGGAAGAUCAAUGGAUGGGGGUCACCGUCCAGAGCCAAGGUCCAGGGGGCAAAGUUGUGACAUGUGCUCAUCGAUAUGAAAAAAGGCAACAUGUUAACACAAAACAGGAAUCCCGAGACAUCUUUGGAAGGUGUUACGUCCUAAGUCAGAAUCUCAGGAUUGAAGAUGAUAUGGAUGGAGGAGACUGGAGUUUUUGUGAUGGCCGAUUGAGAGGCCAUGAAAAAUUUGGUUCUUGCCAGCAAGGUGUAGCAGCUACUUUUACUAAAGACUUUCAUUACAUUGUAUUUGGAGCCCCGGGCACUUAUAACUGGAAAGGGAUUGUUCGCGUAGAGCAAAAGAAUGACACUUUUUUUGACAUGAACAUCUUUGAAGAUGGGCCUUAUGAAGUUGGUGGAGAGACUGACCAUGAUGAAAGUCUAGUUCCUGUUCCUGCUAACAGUUAUUUAGGCCUGCUGUUUUUGACCAGCGUUUCCUAUACAGAUCCCGAUCAGUUUGUUUAUAAAACACAGCCUCCCAGGGAGCAGCCCGACACAUCCCCGGAUGUGAUGAUGAAUAGCUACCUAGGUUUUUCUUUGGACUCAGGGAAAGGUAUUGUUUCUAAAGAUGAGAUCACUUUUGUAUCUGGUGCUCCGAGAGCCAAUCACAGUGGAGCUGUGGUUUUGCUAAAAAGAGGCGUGAAGUCUGCACAUCUUCUCCCUGAGCAUAUAUUUGAUGGGGAGGGUCUGGCUUCUUCAUUUGGCUAUGAUGUGGCAGUGGUGGACCUUAACAAAGAUGGGUGGCAAGAUAUUGUGAUUGGAGCCCCGCAGUAUUUUGAUAGAGAUGGAGAAGUUGGAGGGGCAGUGUAUGUCUACAUUAACCAGCAAGGCAGAUGGAAUAAUGUGAAGCCAAUUCGUCUUAAUGGAACCAAAGAUUCUAUGUUUGGCAUUGCAGUCAAAAAUAUUGGAGAUAUUAAUCAAGAUGGCUACCCAGAUAUUGCUGUUGGAGCUCCCUAUGAUGGUAUGGGAAAGGUUUUUAUCUUUCACGGAGCUGCAAAUGGAAUAAAUACCAAACCAACACAGAUUCUCGAGGGUAAAUCGCGUUCUUUUGGAUACUCAAUUGCUGGAAAUAUGGACCUUGAUAGAAACUCCUACCCUGAUGUUGCUGUUGGUUCCCUCUCAGAUUCAGUAACUAUUUUCAGAUCCCGGCCUGUGAUUAAUAUUCAGAAAACUGUCACAGUAACACCUAACAAAAUUGAUCUUCGCCAGAAAACGGCCUGCGGAGCACCUAGUGGGAUAUGCCUCAAGGUUAAGGCCUGUUAUGAAUAUACUGCCAAACCCACUGGUUACAAUCCUUCAAUAUCCAUUGUGGGCACACUGGAGGCUGAAAAGGAAAGAAGAAAAUCUGGGCUGUCCUCAAGAGUUCAGUUUCGAAACCAAGGUUCUGAGCCCAAGUAUACUCAAGAACUCACUCUGAACAGGCAGAAGCAGAAGGCGUGCAUGGAGGAGACCCUCUGGCUACAGGAGAAUAUCAGAGAUAAACUGCGUCCCAUUCCCAUAACUGCUUCUGUAGAGAUCCAAGAGCCAAACACUCGGAGGCGAGUGAAUUCACUUCCAGAAGUUCUUCCAAUUCUGAAUUCAAACGAACCCAAGAUAGUUCAUACAGACGUGCACUUCUUAAAAGAGGGAUGUGGAGACGACAAUGUAUGUAACAGCAACCUUAAGCUAGAAUAUAAAUUUUGUACCCGAGAAGGAAAUCAAGACAAAUUUUCUUACUUACCAAUUCAAAAAGGUGUACCAGAACUAGUUUUAAAAGAUCAGAAGGACAUUGCUUUAGAAAUAACAGUGACAAACAGCCCUUCCAGUCCAAGGAAUCCCACAAAAGAUGGCGAUGAUGCUCAUGAAGCUAAACUCAUUGCAACAUUUCCAGACACUUUGACUUAUUCUGCAUAUAGAGAACUGAGGGCUUUCCCUGAGAAACAGUUGAGUUGUGUUGCCAACCAGAACGGCUCACAAGCAGACUGUGAGCUCGGAAAUCCUUUUAAAAGAAAUUCCAGUGUUACUUUUUAUUUGAUUUUAAGUACAACUGAGGUCACCUUUGACACUAGACAUCUGGAUAUUAAUCUGAAGUUGGAAACAACAAGCAAUCAAGAUAAUUUGGCUCCAAUUACAGCUACAGCAAAAGUGGUUAUUGAACUGCUUUUAUCGGUCUCCGGAGUUGCUAAACCUUCCCAGGUUUAUUUUGGAGGUACGGUUGUUGGUGAGCAAGCUAUGAAAUCUGAAGAUGAAGUGGGAAGUUUAAUAGAGUAUGAGUUCAGGGUAAUUAACUUGGGUAAACCUCUUAAAAACCUCGGCAAAGCCACCUUGAAUAUCCAGUGGCCAAAAGAAAUUAGCAAUGGCAAAUGGUUGCUUUAUUUGGUGAAAGUAGAAUCCAAAGAAUUGCAGAAUAUAGCUUGUGAGCCACAAAGUGAAAUAAACCUCCUGAGACUAAAGGAAUCUCACAACUCAAGAAAGAAACGGGAAAUUGCUGAAAAACGGAUAGACGAUAACAGAAAAUUUUCUUUAUUUGCUGAAAGAAAAUACCAGACUCUUAACUGCAGCGUGAACGUGAACUGUGUGAACAUCAAGUGCCCACUGCAUGGGCUGGACAGCAAGGCGUCCGUUGUUUUGCGCUCGAGGUUAUGGAAUAGCACGUUUCUAGAGGAAUAUUCCAAAAUGAACUACUUGGACAUUCUCGUGCGGGCUUCUAUUGAUGUAACUGCUGCCUCGGAGAAUAUCAAGCUGCCAAACGCGGGCACUCAGGUUCGUGUCACUGUGUUUCCUUCAAAGACUGUAGCUCACUAUUCAGGAGUAGCUUGGUGGAUCAUCCUAGUGGCUAUUCUUGCUGGGAUUUUGAUGCUUGCUCUAUUAGUGUAUAUACUAUGGAAGUGUGGAUUCUUUAAACGCUCUAGGUACGAUGAUAGCGUUCCCCGAUACCAUGCUGUAAGGAUCCGGAAAGAAGAGCGAGAGAUCAAAGAUGAAAAAUAUAAUGAUAACUUUGAAAAAAAACAGUGGAUCACAAGAUGGAAUGAAAAUGAAAGCUACUCCUAGGGGGGCCAAAAAAGCUUCACUGUACCCAAACUGCUUUUUUUUUUUGCCCAACUCAGAAAUUCAAAUGGAUUUAAAAGCCCGUUCAAUACCUGGAUAUUGAUUUCAGACUACACACAGUACGAACCUACAGUUUUACCUGUGGACGUAGUUACGUAGCCUGAGGCCUCUGUUUUGCACAGCAAAAUUUAAGACGGUUGGAAUGGAUUUUUCUUUAACUGCCUUAAUUUAACUUUCCAGGUUGCCUUUGUUUUUGGUGUAGCUGACUUAAACAUAUGCUGGGGAAGGGCCUGCCAGUUGUGCUUAUUGCAACAUCCUCCUGAUAUUAGCUGGAAGAAGGCACCCACAAUCACCGCACUAACUGAGUGACCGUCCUAACCUCAGCACUGCCUCUGCAAACAUUCUUCCCAAAGGACUGGAAAACCGCAAAUCAACUGUCCCGCGUCACAAGACUCUGCAGUCGGGGUAGUUCUGUUUCAAUUUCAAGUGCUAUCUUAAAUUAAAUGUGCAAUAGAAGGUGAUGUUGCCAUCCUGCCCUCUUUUUCCAUUUCCUAGAUGUGUGAACACUUGCUCACACCAAAUAUAUACAGGUUUCAUUCUCCCUUUUCACUGAAACACACAGGCGCAACAGACUUGAAUGCUAAUUAUACUUAUUUGUAUAUGGUAUUUAUUUUUUUUUUUACAAACCAUUUUGUUAUUGACUAACAGGCCAAAGAUUCUCCAGUUUACCCUUCAGGUUGAUUUAAACAAUCAGAACAUGGGAGGUCAUUGGUGUGACCUAAAUUAUUUACUGCAAAAAGGAAAUAAUAAUUCUUUAUAAAUGUGCCAGAAAGUUGUUAUAAUUUACAGAUAAGUUUAAGUUAUUAAAACAUCUCCCUUCAUGACAGCCCUCACCCCCUUCCUCCAAACCCAAAAGGUUGCUUUAAGAAAUAGGAUUUAACCAUAAGAUGUUUAAUUCAUAUCAGACAUUGGAUAUUUUUGAGUUUAGAGCCCUGUGUGAUAUUUCUGAAUUUCAUGCUAUAACUUUCAAGAAUUCUUGGAAAUUAUGGGUUGGUUGGUUUGUUGAAUUUUAGUGCAGUUUCUGCAAAUACUGUAUAUUUAGGACUUGAAAGACAUGGUGAGUGCCUAUGGUGGAUCCAGACUGAUCCAGUGUAAGACUACUGAAUAUCUGACACCAGGAGUCAGGGAGAACAUCAUGGCCUUUAGGUCUUUAAAUGUUAUUGGAAUCGUUUAAUCAGUGAGUCAAUGUUCUGUUUUUGCUUUGUUUACUCCCCUAUCUAUAUUCCCAAAAUUACUUUGGGAAUGCUCUAACGAGCCUUAAAUUGUUUUUUAAUUUUAAAAAUGGAGGUGGGGGAGGAAGACAUUAUUCUAUACUUUCAAUAGAGAUUGAAUAGCUACAAAAGCUGAAUUUUUUUUUAAUUACUGUAUUUCAAAAUGUUAAGUUAUAUGGGGCGCAACAACCAACAGGUGCUAAUUUGUUUGAAUAUAGCGUAAGCAGUAUCUCAGUCUUUUAGAAGAACAAAAUACAACUACAUGUGCCAUUGUUGCUUUUAGUUUUUUUUUCUUUUCAGAAAUCUUAUGCCCUUAAGAUACUAAGGACAUUAUUCUUGUUGUACUUUGGAAUUUUCAUUCACAAAAGUAGUUUUACAAAUGAUAUUUUGUUUACAAAAAUUUGUCUAAAACACGUCAUAACGGUGUUUAAAAUCUCAGUUUCUUGCUUAGGUAACUUGGAACCUAAUGCACUGGCUUUAUAGGUUGCUAAGAAGCUGAUAUUUUGAAAGUGCUAUAGACCUUUGUUAUAAAAACGAAUGUCCCGAAGGUGGGGUGGGAGGGAAGGGUAGUUCAACAACAAAGAAAUGAGAAUGUAGUGGUGUUUAAAUUUAUAGUUGUUAAAAACGUCAUCUCAAGUCAAGUCACUGGUCUGUUUGCAUUUGAUACAUUUUGAUACUAACUAGCAUUGUAAAAUUAUUUCAUGAUUAGAAAAUACCUGUGGAUAUUUGUAUGAAAGUGUGAAAUAAAAUUUUUUAUGAAAGUGUU